AUGCUGCAGAAGUUUGUUCUCGUGGGCCUGUGUGGGCUUGUGUCCUGCUAUAUCACGUGUCCUGAUGGGGAAAAGUGUAAUGACCAGGCAGACUGCUGUUUGACUGAGCGCGGGUACAAGUGCUGUCCUUACCCAAAUGGGGUGUGCUGUGCAGACCUGGCCCACUGCUGCCCGGAGGGGUACCGGUGUAACCCGGAGACCCAGAUGUGCGAGAGGCGCUGGGAGAGACAGCCGAUGCUGCGCACAGAGCAGGCUUCACCAGGGAGGCAGCCUGCGGUGGUCUACUGUGAUAACUACAAUACUUGUCCCGACGGCUUCACCUGCUGCAGACAUCCUAAGGGUGGUUGGACUUGUUGCCCUUACUCCCCUGCCCGCUGCUGUCUGGACGGUUACCAUUGUUGUCCAUAUGGCUACGACUGUGAUCACACCUACUCCCACUGCGUCAGAAGGAGCGUGCCCUACCCCUUCAGCCUACCCCACCCAGCACCACUACCAACAGACGUGGGAAAUGGAGCUGCUGCCCUUAACCCCUGGCCUCCUGCUGCGCUGAUUGCGUCCAUUGCUGCCUGUGCGGCUACACUUGUGACUCUCCACAUCAUGAAUAAUUAUUUUAUCUUCUGCACCAAGAACAAACCAAGCAGCCUCUUACUCACCUUGUACACUUUUUCCUAA